AUGUCCGUUUCCCAUCUAAUUUAUCCUCAUUUAUUUUCGUGCUCAUGCAUUGGUCGAUUAAUGACAUAUAAAAUUAUUAUUUUAUUUAGAAUAUACCAUAUUGUUUUCAAUUGCAUCGCUCAGCUGUUCAUUGGACUUCCUCUAGAGCUCGUUCAUAAGUACUGGCGAAUUGGAUUGGUAUAUCUGUUGGGAGCCCUCAUGGGCUCUCUCGCUGUUUCUGUCACUGAUCCAAACGUACUUCUAGCUGGUGCAUCCGGUGGAGUGUAUGCACUGAUCGCAGCGCAUGCUGCCAACCUGGUCGUUAACUGGGACGAGAUGGAGUUUGCCAUAUUGAGGCUGGUGGCACUAGUGAUUUUCGUAGGAAUCGAUUUUGGUCUCUCCGUCUACAGCCGAUACGGAAAUCCAGAAGAUGCUAACGGAAACAGAACAUCAUACGUAGCUCACAUAGGCGGCUUCGUGGCCGGUCUACUGAUGGGCAUAGUAAUUUUGCGGAAUUUUAGCAAGAAAAGCUGGGAACGCGUGGUAUGGUGGAUUGCCUUGGUUGGAUAUAUCAUAUUGGUGUUGUUCUGCAUUUUCUGGAAUAUCUUUUAUCCAUACUACCCUCGAAAUUGCUAA